AUGAACGAGGUCCGGCUGACGGAAACGCACUUGUUGCCGUCCAAGACGCAAAGGACUCGCAUGGCCACGUAUGUCAUGACGAUUGUCACGAUCAUGGUCUGCGGCGGCACUUUCUACCGUGCUCUGCAGGCCCAGUCAAAGUACCGCUCUUUCCUGAAAAACGCAACUCUGACCGAGCACGGCUGGUCGGCUAAGGAUAACCGGACGGAUCUGCUGCGCAGGCUGAUCCAAUCCGACCGGACCGAAGAUUGUGCCAACACGUCCAUGAAUAACCUGUUACUGCUGAUUGGCUCGAUCUUGUUUAUUACACUUAGAGCGUAG